UGGACUCUAUAAUCCGCCGGAUCGUCAGACGCUGACCGGUUUUGAUCUUUGCCGUGCACUGGUCGCAUCGCAAGCGUUGGUCUGACUACCACAAGCAUCAAAGACUGAAAAAUCACAUUAAUUCGUAAGCUUCAUCCGAGGUCAACAGGUCCUCACACUGCGCAGUGACUCGCCGAUCAUGCGGCUACAGUUGGGAUAUUUACUGUGCCUCUCAAUUGCGGUGGGUUUUAUAAAAGAAGGUGCCUGCGCCGUGACGCCAAAUCCCGCACAAACCAACGUUCCUUCGUCGACCACUCCUCAUGUUGAAGAUGACGAAGAUUUUGUGCCCUACCAGGGUGAACGCUUCACCGUAUUCGAUUGGAUGUUAUUCAGGAGUCUGGGCAAAGCAAAUGGAGGGAACGUACUACUGUCGCCGAUAUCCAUAAAAUUGGCAUUAGUGCUUCUUUAUGAGGGAGCUCAGGAUCAAACUGCACACGAGCUAGCCGGAGUUAUGCAACUUCCAGUUAGCCCAUUGGCCACUCGCGAGAAGUUUAAUAACAUUCUGAGAUCUUUACAGGCUCCAUCUUCUGCGUACACUUUAAAUUUCGGCUCGCGCAUUUAUAUCGAUGAGAAAGUACUGACCAGACAACGCUAUGCAGCAACGGUGAAAACCUUUUACAAUACCGACGUGAUUAAUGCUAAUUUGUCCGACGCGCACGCAACCGCGACCAAAGUUAAUUCUUGGGUCAAUAAUAUUACGAAUGGACACAUUGAAAAGAUGAUAGACGACGAAAAGGGUUUAGAGGACUCGGUGAUGCUGAUUGUGAAUGGGCUGUUCUUCAAGAGUGCUUGGCGCCGCAAGUACUUUGCGCCCGAGAACACUCGAGUUUCCAAAUUUCACAUAAAUGCUAACGAGAGCGUAAAUGUGCCGUACAUGCAUACCGUGGGUCGAUUUUAUUUCGCCGAAUCGCCCAAGCUCGAUGCAAAGAUCCUGCGGAUUCCAUACGACGGCUCAAAAUUCGCUAUGUAUAUUAUACUGCCGCACACGCUGACAGGCGUGGAUCACAUUAUCAACGAGAUUAAUCCGUUUACAUUGGCGAGAGAUGUGUGGGCCAUGCAGGAAUUGCCUCUUGACAUUUGGAUCCCGAAGUUCAAGUUCGAGUUCACGAGUCAUCUGGAGAAUACUUUGCGCGAGCUUGGCAUUCGCGACAUCUUUGAUGAUACCGCGCUGCUGACGGGUAUAGCAAAAACGAAACGGGAUUCCAGACACUUGCAGGUAUCCGACGUAGUGCAUAAGACCGGAAUAGAAGUAAAUGAAAACGGGACGACUGCUUACGCUGCAACAGAAAUACAAAUCGGAAAUAAAAUAGAAGAGGGCACAUUCCAUGCCAAUCAUCCGUUUGUGUUUUACAUCGAGGAUGAGACCACCGGCACUAUUCUUUACGUAGGCAAAAUUCAGGAUCCUUUGAAUAUGUCUGGGAAUACAGGGAAAGUACACGUGGAGUUUCCCACGCGAAUUAAUCCGGACACGACGACCGUAACUUCCAAUCCUGCUAUUCCAGCUGCGAUCAGCACCGAGGACCGAUACGCCUUUUUCAACAUUGACCUUCUGCAGAGAGUAAACGAGAACGUCGAUGGUAAUCUGAUACUGUCGCCCGCCAGCGCGAAAGUCGCCCUUACGAGUCUGGUGGAAGGCACGGGUGGUCGAACACGCCACGAGCUUCUCGCAGCUCUGAGAUUACCGCCAGAGGAAUAUGUCAUCAGAAGAAUAGCGUCACGCGCUCUUAUGCCCCUAAAAAGCCAUGAAAAUGGCACGGAAAUCGACGUGGCGACCCGCUUGUGGAUCAAUCCGACUCUUGCGGCAUCUGCUAACUAUAUGACCGCCUUGCGUAAUUAUUACGGAACCGAUAUCAGACAGCUGAAUUUCAAUAAUCCAACCGACGCGGCCGCCAUCAUCAAUUCCUGGGUUCGCGAGAACACGCGGAAUAACAUCAACUCGAUCAUUCAGCCUGGCACUCUUGGCACCGAUACUCAGAUGCUGUUAACUUCGGCCUUGUACUUCAAGGGACGAUGGCUGAAAUCCUUCAACAGGGACGCCACGCGUGUACGGUGCUUCCGUGUUCCCCACAGCGGCUGUCAGGAUAUUCCUAUGAUGGAGAACACUUCUAAGUAUCGAUAUGGCUAUAUACCUUCUCUUGACGCUGAUGUCGUGGAAAUCCCGUACUCGAAUGGCAGGACGUCUAUGCUGGUAUUCCUUCCAGCGCACGAGGAGAGCGACCCGGAUCUUCAGAUUUUAUCCAAGGAUCUCUCGUACGUACCGAUGAAAACGCUGCUCACUAGUCUCAACGAAACCGAAAUGGUGCUUUCUAUUCCGCGAUUUAGCAUCGAGAGCAAAUUAGAUUUGCGUCCACCCUUGACGCGCAUGGGCGUGCAGGACAUUUUCAGCCCGGCAGCGAAUUUCACUGGAAUCGUGUCCAAUGAAUUCUUGCGACUAGGAAAUAUAAUUCAAAAUGCUAAAAUAGAGGUCGACGAAGAGGGAACCGUCGCUGCCGCGGUGACAGAACUCGCAGUCGUACCUCUCAUGGCUAACAUGGCGCCAACUUUCGUAGCAAACAGGCCGUUUAUUUUUGCCAUCGUUGAUCUAGUAACGAGCGAGACUCUCUUCGCUGGUCGUUUUAUGGGUCCCUAUGCGCGCAAUCCAAGAUCCGAUCAGAAAUAAGUCCAAUACUCAUCUACGAGCGUUUUUAUACUUAAGACAUGAAAGACUGUCAUGCAACAGUACUGCUUUCUAUGACAAAAAUAAUGAUCCUGUUACAACUACGGAAUGAUUAUUUACUCUUUUAUAUACAAAUAAAGAAUGAAUUGAAAUAAACAUAAAA